AUGGCUCGAGCAACACUAGGAAAGAGGGCCCGCGGCAUUGAUGAAACUGACAUGCCCUGUCCAGUGGCUACUCCUACAAAACGAAGCCGCCGCCUUGCAAAGACUAUUUCAUACAACGACGAGAACCAAGAUCCUGCAUAUUCCCCCUUCGAUGAUGAUGAAGAAAACGACAUAUUGGCCGAGCUACCUCCCCGGACCCGAAAGUCUCCCUCACAAGCAUCCACAAAGCAGAAUCCUGUUACACCCUCGACACCCCGACAUCGAGAUGCACUUUCAGUGCCUCCUACUACGCCUCGACAUGCUGUCAUGUCGGCAGGCAAACUCUUCAAGCGACUUACACCACAAACACCACUUUCACCAAGCACUAUCCAAACCAUAUAUCAUUCAGCACGACAAUUGUUUGCUCGUGGAGCUGAGCCAGGUCAACUUGUCGGCCGAGAUGCGGAACGAAACCAGAUGAUAGAAUUCCUGGAUCGAUACUCUUCGCCUACCCCUAACGGCUGCCUUUAUGUGAGCGGUCCGCCAGGCACGGGCAAAAGUGCCAUGAUUACCGAGAUAACUCGACAGUAUGCCAACCACAAAGGUGUCAUGUCUGUAUAUGUCAACUGCAUGAGUGUCAAGUCCUCCAAAGAUCUCUACACCACACUCCUUGGCGCGCUUGGCCAAGGUUUCGACUCUUCCGAGGCAGAUGCAAUUUCGAGCUUGCAGACUAUGUUCGUGUCCAAGACAAAGUCGAAAACCGUCUAUCUUGUUACCCUGGACGAGAUCGACCACAUUCUAACGAUGGGCCUGGAAAGCUUAUAUCGCGUGUUUGAAUGGUCACUGCAAAAGAACUCAUGCCUGAUUCUUGUCGGUAUUGCCAACGCCCUGGACUUGACUGAUCGUUUCCUUCCUCGACUCAAGGCCAAGAACCUGAAGCCUGAUCUUCUGCCAUUCCUGCCCUAUACCGCAACCCAGGUCAAGAACAUUAUCACCAUGCGGCUCAAGUCCCUGAUGCCUGCUGGUGGAAAGGAAGGGCACGUGCCAUUCAUUCACCCUGCUGCUAUUGAACUCUGCUCCCGCAAGGUUUCGAGUCAGACUGGGGACCUUCGCAAGGCUUUCGAGAUCUGUCGCCGUGCACUUGACUUGAUUGAGACCGAAACGCGUCAGAAGUACGAGGAAGAAGCGAGAGAGGAACUUCUACAGAUGACCCCUUCGAAACGACCUCUUGGGGAGAACAUCAACGGCGCGUCCGGUGGCUCGAAGAGCGUAUUUCAACUAAUGGCGAAUUCUUUGAAGGCUCUCACAGCGGAAACGGCGCCCCGGGCAUCGAUUGGACAUCUGAACAAAAUCACGGCAGCAGCUUUCAGCAACGGAACGACACAGCGACUCAAGGCGCUUAACCUCCAGCAGAAGGCAGCACUCUGUGCCUUGAUAGCCUAUGAGAAACGAACUCGAGCUGCGGCUAAGAUGGCCAACAACGGCGCCACACCUUCAAAAAAGAAGUUUUUGGCACCAACUAUCAAGACUUUAUUCGAUGCGUACUGUCAGCUCUGCACCCGCGAUUCGGUUUUGCACCCUUUAUCAAGCUCUGAAUUCCGCGAGGUUGCCGGCAGCCUCGAAACAUUGGGCUUAGUCAACGCAUCUGAUGGAAAGAGCGGAAGCCUUGUCGCACCACAAACACCUAGCAAGCGAGGUCGCAAGACUCUUGCCGCGAGUGGAGAUGAGCGGAGAAUCACGAGCUGUGUUGUAGAAAAAGAGAUUGAAUCUGUGGCCGAUGGCGUUGGCGCAGGUAUCCUGAAAAGCAUUUUGAGUGGAGAAGCAUUGGACUAG